AAGUACACGUACAGGUUUUGGCCACCGGCUCAGUGUGUGAUUGUGAUUGUUUCUUCACCAGAGUCACAACAUCAUGGCGGAGAAUGAGGUGACCUGGCUGCGUCCCGCCACAGACAUCGAGACGCUCUUCACUCAGAUUCAGGAGACAGCGGGGCUCUUGGUGUCCACGUAUGGCCUUACGAUCCGCACGGCACAACCUUUGAAGGACGAGCAGGUGCAGGAAGCUCUCGUGCAUCUAUUCAGAAAGGUGCCCACGCUGAGGCUGUGCUUCCGGCGCAAAGAGGACGUCUUCUGGACUUGUGAAAUGAAACGAGAACAUAUCGACUUUAAGGCUGUGGACAGGAGUGACCAGCUGAAGUUACAGGAAGAAUUAAUGAACCACCAGUUUAACAACAGCGAGGGGCCGUUGUGGUGCGCUAGGCUUCUUGAGCACAACUCGUGUGGCGGCACCACCAGUCCGGGAUUGGAGGCUUCCUUUCCCUACAGCCGCAGUCUCGUGCUGGCCAACCAUCACGGCAUCGCUGACGGCACAACCAACUGUCGAACCGUGAAUUGUUUCCUCCGAAUCCUGGACGACGUCAUCGCUGGCAAUCCCAUUGACGACAGUGAACAGUUGGGCGAGUUGGCCAGCGGCGAGGAGACGGCAGCCUUAGAUGCGGCCACAGAAGAGGAAGUUAAGAAAAAUGCAUACGAUCUGGAGCAAGCCCUUGAAGAGUAUAAAAAGCAACACGAAAAAGAGAAACUCAUUGUCCGAGCUUUUCUUAACCAGGAUGACCCCAACUAUAUCACCAAAAUCAUCUCAGAGACUCUGGACGAGGAAACAACCAGUCGCUUCUUCCGGCGAUGCAAGCAGGAGGGAGUCACGGUGAACAGCGGCUUUACGGCGUUGACCAAUUGUUCAAUGGUGGACUUAGUAAGGGAGACGGGAAUGAAGCAAGACAACUACCCGCUUCAAGUGGCUCACGCCGUCAACAUGCGGCGCUACUGGCAAGGAGACGUGUCCCGGACUCUGGGGUGCCACAUAGAAACCAUUUCCUUGCAUGAAACCCUCACUCACCAGUGGAGAGACAACUUUUGGCAGUACACGCGGGACCUCCACACCAAGGUCCAUGACAGUCUGAAGGACAAGGGACCUUUGAAGUAUUGGAUAUACUAUUUCAUGGUUAAGGGAGAAGACGCGGUCGAGAAUAUGUUAAAGGGAAGGCCGGAGGUGGACAGUGACUACUGUUUAGCCAACAUUGGGAACCUGGAUCACCUCAUUCCUACAGAUGGUGACCACGCCCGCCUCGCUCACCUGGUGCGCACCACACAGUGCUGGAGCGAGCGAAUCUGUCACAUGUUGCAUUCGCUGCGCGGCCGCCUCAUGUAUAACCUUUGUUACACCAGUGAUUCCUUAACCGAACAACAGGCACGCAGGUUUACGGAUCUCAUCUUCCAGAACCUCAAGGACAUGAUAUGAAAAAUAGCCUGGAGGUCUGGAGGCCUGUCCCAAGAAUGAGAUCACAUAAUAUAGUAAAUGGGAUAAACAAGCAUCAGUAGACCAUUAGGCCUUAGAAUGUCUCUUUGGGAGCCAAUCCCAGUCGAUUACUGAGUUUAUUGAAUUAAUUAAUUGAUUAUUGAAUUUAGUAAGAUCAACUAUUAGGUAAAUGAAGGAGGAGGAGAAGGAGGAGGAGGAGGAGGAGGAGGUAACAAGUUAGGAUACAGAGCGACAAGGAACACAAUCCCUGAAGUAUUGCAAUCCACAGCCAAAUUUUCGACAAGUUUGAAGCUCCAACCGUGGAUGAUCUAUGAGAAGAUUAGCAUUAACUUGUAUAUGAAUAGAAAAGCUUGAUGCUAUUCUGUCUUAUAUUUCAUGGAAUAUUGUUUUCCUGAUCGGAGUGCAUGUGGAGGCACUGCGGUCUUAAUUAAGCGGGUCAUCCGUGAGCGUCCUUCGACAAUAAAUCUCCAUGUCAUGCUUAACACCGCCGCUCAGAUUAACUUUCUGAGCGAAUCUCACACACCACUUACAGGCGUGAACUCAGGAGGGGAGGCAGAGACGGGAUUUCUAUUCUUGACACAGUUAUUGUAGCCGACAACGGUGUUGGUAUUGUUAUUAUCAAGGAGUAACAAAAUCUUCUCCAUAGCGUGUGUGUAACACGUCAUGUAACUGCUGAUUGAAAUAAUUAAAUUACUCACAACCAUGA